AUGACGGCCUUUUGUAAAGAAGCAUUUAAGAUCCUGGCGUUACCUACGAUUGCUGAAUUUAGUUACAACUUUACGGCCAAGUAAUUAUGUUUGGAUACCGGAGCCUCUAGACUUCGAGACUUCCUGACUUUUUAAUAUCCAAGAUCUAAAAAAAGCAAUGUAUCGAGAGCCAAGGACAAAUUGAGCUGUAAAAACUGGACAUUACGUAAUGCUUCUUGAAUUUUCUUUUUUAAAAAAAUAAAAGUUUUCGAUACACUUUCGCUGAACAAUAAUUUAGCGCCGUUGGGCAAUAUGCAGUCGCCUUUCGCAGCUCCUAUUAUUAUCUGGAUUAAAUAAACCAGUCUUAAAGCUUCAUUGAAAAACAUAUUGGUUUUAAGCAAUUAGAGCUAAUCCCUUAUUUUGAGUUUUACAUGCUGGACAAACUAUUUAAUUACUUCCAUAGACAUAAAUCAAAAAUGUUUUCAGUGAUCCACGUACGUGUCAGGUUUCUGAUAAAUCGGCCUUCAGAGAGUCUCCUUAUUCUUAAUACAUUUGACAUAAGAUAUGCCAUAGGCAUCAUUUUGGUUUUCACUUAUUAAAAUUCGAUUUAAUUGUGCUUCUUUUGGUUGAAGUGAUAAGAUGCAAGACUGGAAAAAUAUAGUUAGUUCUUUCGUUGUUAAAACGUACCUUUGGCAAUCGUUACCAGGUUCCGAUCAGAGCUUUAAUAUGAAACGUCUACCAAAACAUAUAACGAAAAUUAUCCCCGCUAAAAUAAUGCAGAAAUUGUCACCUAAAAUGGAUGCAGAAAAUUUUCAUGACGCUGUUAUGUUCUACGACUGCAGCUGAACUUCUACGCCUAAACGAAAUACUCUCUAACUUAAUAACAUUUACUACGCGCCGAGAAACUCAGUAAUUUGCCACCUGCUUGCAAUGUAAGUCUGGGCGCGCAUUAAAAGAUAUCCGUGUUCAGUAAGUUUUGCACAUGAAUAACAUAAGCUUUUCUUUGUCUAAAUGCAUUACCAGCUGUACCAUCAAAUUGUUGCUUUGCCACCGAUUGUAAUGUUCAAGACUAUUGUAUGAGAAUAACCAGGUUAAAUCCUGAAAGCAGAUCAUUAAAUUUUUCGAGUUUUAGGGUUAAUGAUGACCCCGUUUUUUUUACAAGCCUGGGUAUUAACGUUAUUUGUGCUGCUCUAACUCGUAAUACUUUCUUUUUAGUAAAAUCAGCUUAUUAUUGUUUUGCUUAUAUUACUAUACCCAGCUGAGCUUUAAGAUGCACAGUAUAAAAGGUUUCGUGACUAAAGCAACCAAUGGUUUAAGAAAAUUGUCACGAGAAUAAUUCUAGUGAAAGUUAAUUAAAAGGGUACUUUUCUAAUGGUUUCAAAAAGGAACAAUAAUGGAAAGUUCAGAUCUUUUAUUUUAAAAAUUUUAAGACCGAGUGAAAUCGAGAUAAUGUAAGUUUACAUUUUUUUAAUACAACAUUAAACCAGUCUAUCUUUUCCCAUAUAAGCAAAGUGAAAAAAUAAGGCUGAACAUGAAUGUUCUCUAGCUUAAUUUUUUAUUUUUUCUAAAUCGAAAUUUGCUACUGUUGUAAUAAAUCAAUAAAACUCGUAAAAAAAAAAAACAAAUGUGGACCUAUCAAGAUAAGUUGCUGAAACAGUUUAGUAUUAAACUAAUCCACUUCUGUGACUGUGCUUUUUCAUUAAUUCAUCUAAUAAUAUUUAUUCCUUACACAUGCGCAAAUGAAAUCUCAGGGCAAAAGCCAAGCUCGGUCCCAGGGCCCUCUCCUACUCGUUCCCCCGAGCAAGAGAGGGAACAAGCAGGACUCUUUAUACUGCCUUUGCUCGAUUCUUUUGGAAAAGGAACUGAGCACUUGAAUAUGGAUUUAUAUGAACUGAAUGUUAAUAAAGGCAACUUCAACUUUUUUCCACUAGAAGUAAUUAAUUGGGGAAAAAACUGUGACAGUGCAGACACAUGAUUAACCCUGGCGUCGCGGAGACAGUUACAGAGCUAUUUGAUUGACUGAUCGGAACAAGCGGCAGGUUCCAAAAUAAUUGGCAGUGCCAGAUACGUAUUGAUCGAUACAAAUUAGAACAUAAAAACGGGUUGAUCGAGGAAAUAUGAUAUUACCCUCAUCCAUAUUUGAAAAUCUAUUCUGAUUACAAUUCAAGUUUAACUGAGAAGAUAGACACCAACAGCGUAACAUUGGAAUUCGAAAUCUAGAAAACUCGUUAACUGCGAAGGGACGAAAAUGUAGGAGUAACGAGUUGGCAGGAAGAACAAGACUGGUUAUCAAACUUCUAUAUGCUUUAGCAACUAGAGCCUCCCCGCAAAAUAUUAGAGACCGAUUAAACCGGUCCUUCUUAUAAUGGGUUCUAUUGUUUUCGCUUCAUAUUUAUGGAAAUACCUUUUUUUGUUCUCCUCUUCCCGUCUCCCUCACUAUUUAAACGCCCGAAUCAGACUUACAACACUUGAACCGAUGACGCUGGAGAAAGUUUGCAUGCCGGUCUAAAAUCAAGAACCGCGGAUGACAUGAGAAUUUGAUCCCCAUGUUAAAUGAUUCUUGCUUCAAACUGGUAGGAAAAUCAUCUUAUGCCUGUCUGUCCAACUCAUGUUUGGAGUUAUUCUUGGAUGACAUGAGAAUUUGAUCCCCAUGUUAAAUAAUUCUUGCUUCAAACUGGUAGGAAAAUCAUCUUAUGCCUGUCUGUCCAACUCAUGUUUGGAGUUAUUCACAUGUUUCCCUAAUCUGAUUCCGAUUCUGAAUAAUACGUGUCAAUUCAGCACUUGGACAGAAUCACAGACUGUAUCAGCGAAUCAGAGCGGUACUAGGUUAGAUAGGUCUCCAUGCUAAUUAAUUCUUACAUUAAACUGUUAGGAAAAUCAUCUCAUACCUGUCCGACUCAUUCUUGGAGUGUAAUUCCCUAAUCUGAGUCCGAUUCUGAGUCAUACAUGUCAGUUCAACACUUGCACUGAAUCAGAGACUGUAUCAGAGAAUCAGAGAAUCAGAUUUAAACUCAAGACCGGUACCACUUUAAAUCGGUCUCCAUGUUAAUUAAUUCUUGCUUCAAACUAGUAGGAAUUUCAUCUAAUACCUGCCUGUCUAAAUCAGGUUUGAAGAUGUUGACAUGGCUCCCCAAUCUGAGUCUGAUUCUAAGUCAUACUUUUUAGUGCAGCGCUUGGACUGAAUCAGAGCGGCUCAAUAUGACUUUUAAAACCAGUUUCAUAUUAACAGAUUAGCAAGCAUUUGUCUUACCAGUCUCGUGAAUUCAAGACCUGGAAAAUUUUUACACUGGUCCUAUCGAGCUGUUACAAAGUGUCCAUGGUCACCGCGUGGAUGCACACUUUGAAUGAAAAUUCUAUUGGCGUUAGUUUAAUUACUUAUUGAACAUUUAAGGCGGCGAAAAUUUUAACUCUAUUCUUGUUCUAUAGACGAAGGUAUGCUUUAAGAAAGAGACCUGAAUGUCAAGGAAAAACUCAUCGAACUGUCAUAAUAUCGCUGGACAUGAAGCGAAAUAGUUGAUAACAAUCUAGCGAAGCCGCGACAGCUGAUACUGGAGUUUAACAUGAAUACUGUAAUCAUCAAUGUUACUUAAGACAAAACAGUGCAACUUAAAAACUAAAGCAACUAAAAUCAUGUUUUUUCAUUUCAUAAGAAUUAAAUACUGCGUAUAAUGAAUUUGCAAUAAUUAUCAUCCUACACUUACCAAAAUGAAACUUAGAAGUGGCGAUAAUCUAUCAAGGCCGUAGUGAUUUCAUUGUUUAAGAGAUCCGCUACAAAUUCCAUUUUUGUUAUUGAGAAUUCAGUCAUGUUUUCAUAAUCUACAAGAUGUUAUACCAAUGUUGAGGAACAUUAGCAUCUUGAUUAUUUUUCUUGAACUUUGAAGUCAAACACUCUACUUGAAUUUUAAAGAUAAACUCUUUACCACCAGAUGUUUGAGUCAUGAAAUUGUAAAUAUUUGACAUUCGUUCAUUUAAGCGUUUGAUUGAAUUCUUUUAGAUAUCCAGUCUGCUAAAGUUAAAUUAUGUGCUUCAACUCACAGCGGGAAAUUUGAAACAAUACAAAGGCUCUCAAUUUCCAACUUAUAACGACCUUGGCGAAAACUACCAAAUCAUAUAUGGAAUUUUCAUUUUCUCAUAUAGACUCGUGGGCGUCGUAAAAUUCUUUUACCAAGGAAUCUAUAGCACAGUGAUUGAUAAAAAAUGUGGUGUUUAGAUUAUCGCCACAUCGUUGUUGAUAUGUAUAAUCUCUAUGGGGAAUCGAUAAAAUGUAUUACUCAUGCCGAAUCCAAAAACGAAUAGGAAGAUUUAUUUUACCAUGAUAGACAUUUUCACUGUUUAAAAUUGAAAAGUUAAUAACGAGUUUCGAAGGAAAAGGUAUAUUAAAAAACAAAUCACUUUCCUACAAGUCAGCUUUCACAAUUCUGCGGCUAUUGUAAAGCUCUGAUUUCAUGAUUGCGAACGGAUUUAAUUGAACAAAAACAGCCCGGGAAACGGCUCAACAAACUGGCUCUAACGGUGAAUAUUUCAUUUAUAUGUGAUGUGUCGCUUGAUACCAUUUAGAGCGUAAUGAGUUUUCAAAUGUGUGUACGCUCAAUAUCGUCUAUAUUACAACAGCUUAGACGUCAAACAGUAACGAGCGCUGUUAUAGAUACAAAGGAAAAGCGGUAACUCAAAAUAAGCUGGGGUCUGUGAAGAAAAGUGGUCUCAUCGACGAGAAACUAUGAUUUAUCUACACACAUUGCUUACUACAUCAAAAGCAUGAAAUAAAUACUCACUACAUUCAAUACAUUCACUAAAAAGGAAGCUAAAAUUCCUGAGCUCAGCCUUAAGUUUUUGUCUCACAGGCAAAAUUUAAAGAGAAUUUUUUUCAACGAGAAAAAGUGGAAACUUCAAAACGAAAAGAAAGUCGGAAGAAAUUCGGGCUAUAACUGGAUUCGAACCCUCGACCUUUUCAGUACCAGCAAAGCAGUCUACCAAAUUGAGCUAACAAGCCAACUAUUAAAAAGCAAAUCAUUGAGUUGGUUUAUCCUCUGUUACUCAGUUAUUCUAGCUGCAUUAACAAUCAGAUUUUGACCUAUUCCUCUAGGGUGGCCCAAAAAGAAUAUUUCAUUGUGCGGAACUAUAUCACUUGUUUGAUUUUUUUUUUCAAUUUUUCUGUCAGCGACUGGGAUUUAGAUGUCAGGGAAUGCUAUUUAGACCAGAAACUGUACAACAUGCUGACCGGAAUUGAAGACAAUACUUCUCUUACUGACGUCAGCUCUCGUGACAAAACAACACCGAGUUCUCGGAGGCGAAAAAAGGUGGUGACGUUUGCAAGCAUGGCAGAGUUAGCUGAAAUACAAGCUCUAGCAGCAUGCGAAACUGAUUCACAGUGUUCAGAAAGCGGAAAAACACCUUCUCUUGACGAAACAACAUUGCAAGCAUUGCAAGAUCCAAGACUAUUCUUGAAUAUGCCAUUAGAGGAUUAUGACGCCACAUGUGGUAAUGUGAGUACCGCGGUGCCUAAAUACUGCAGCAGGCUAUUAAUUGAGUUCAUUCACAAGGCACUCAGACAGUCCGACAUAUCGUUUACCAUUUCGCUUUGUUACCUUUCCCGAGGGCUUUUCCAGGAAAAUUCCAAGAAAUUUGCUUGUUUUUACUUUUCAAAGAAUUUAUCACAGACGAUGUCUCAUGGGUAUAUAGUCCAAAAAAACCUUUAACAUGCUCCACAAUCACUGAAAGAAAGUUCCUUCAAAACUCCCGCAUUUUAUGUAAGCAUAUUCUAACUUCUGUGGAAACUUUGGUAGAUUCGGUAAAGGAAAUUGAAGACAACUCCCGCAAAGUAUGCUUGUGUCUCAGGUUUUGUUCAUACUAUACCCGAUGGCAUUUCGCGAUACACAAUAAGCUUUCCAGUACAGUAAAGAUCACCUAUCCAAUAUUAACUCUCCACUUUUAAGAUCGGCUCGCGCAGCUUCGCUCCGUUACAGAAAUCGCCCCGAAAUCACUGUUACGAGUGAACAAAAGCUUUAUCUAGUAUGGUUUUCGUUCCGGCGCAAACACUAUCCGAUAUAAUGUGAAUAUAGCCCAGUAAACUCAAACUACGAGGCAACAUCAACGAAAAGAAAAGCUAUAAAAAGUUAACAGCUUUGAUCUGGGUAAAAACCGUUUUUUUUCCUCUCUGUUUUUCCAUUCCUUUUCUUUAGUGUGUGUAAUACCGUUGCUAGAACCUUAUGUAACAUGUUUCUUUUUAGGUACCUGCCGAUGACACUUUCCUCGUUUUACGACAACAUGGAACAAAUUCUCUUGCACAUCAAGUAUUUCGGUUUAAUAAAGCACGCUCGAUGUGGCUUUUUGGACCUCUACAACCUCUCCGACUGUGGGCCAUAAGUUUGGUUACUAAUCAGUAUCCUUUUGUUAGUUGUAUGCAAAAAGAGGGUACAAUGUCUAAAUCAGUGUUAGCUCUUUUAUGAAUGCUAAAGCACGAUCAUUUUUUAUUAAUUUUUCCAAAAAUGAAACCGGAAGCAGUGGGGACAUGCAGUGAAACUUUCGCUUUUUUAAAGUGCUACACGAUUGAUAAAUCUUUAUUUCGCAGUAUGAGCAACAAAAUUGUCGCCAAGUUCAUCAUUGAAAAAUCAUUAGCCUUGGUUGUCAAUGCCAUUUUAGAAAUCAAUUUUAUUAUAUCGCUGUCCUUAACCACAAUGCUUUUUCAGAUAUUUCGAGCUGCUUGUGAUUAUCGUCAUUCUCAUAAACUGCGUCUUUUUGGCUCUUAAACAUCCUCCUGAGGAAAUAGAGUAAGUCGCUUUAUUGUGAAAUUUUCCUUUAUAACGUGGUAAUGAAUAGUUUAAACAACUGGUUUAGCAGUCACAUCUGCUGGAAAUAAUACUCUGAAAAAGGUCAGUUUCUAUUUCUUUUGUGAAAUACCGUUAAGCGUCGUCCAGAGUAAAAGAUCGCCACCGCACCCCGCGUCCAAAAGCAAAAAAUGCUGCAAUUGGACCGACAGAACGUAGACAUUUCUAGAACUGGUGAGCGUUAUGAUGCAACGAUUGUUCCCGACUAAGGGCACGAAAUUCCUUUCAGAGGAGAAAGGCAGAAAAAUCCAUGAAGUGGUUAGCUCCAGAAGUACCACCUCCGGAUAACUGUGUACCAUUGCUCCUGUACUUUAUAACGGGCCGCAAGAAACCUUUUCCACGCAUAUAAAAAACAUAAAGUGACUUUAAACGGAGAAGACUGAGCUUAUUGAUCUCUUCUAUGCCUUGAACAAUCCCUAUCGUCAAUUUUCAGACGGAGACAAGAAUUUUUUGCAGCAUUUCUUCAGUGGUUGAACUCCUAUUUUCAUUGUUUAGCUUUUUUUUUUUUCAGAUACGUCUUUACAUCAAUUUAUACAACAGAGAUGCUCCUUAAGAUUGUGUCUCGUGGAUUUGUCUUUCAUUCGUACGCAUACCUUAGAGAUCCAUGGAACUGGCUGGAUUUUAUCGUCGUUGCUUUAGCGUAUGUAGACUUAACUUGCCUUUAAACAAAAUCACGAUAAAGACGACAAGUCUACUUUUUUAAUGAAUUUCUCUCUUGACAGAUACAUUACAAUGGCUCCAAACAUUGCAAACUUCACGGCCAUUAGGACUGUCCGAGUUCUGCGAGCACUUAGGACUAUAUCUGUCAUAUCAGGUAAGUUUAACAAAGUUUACUGUUUGUUACCUAACCGAAAAGCUUUCUGACAGACAGACUCACUGACUGAUCGACCUACAAAGAGACUUUUUUGCGGAUGCGGGUCCAGACUGUCUAUAGAAUGCUUCAUUUUCAAACAAAACCACCAUCAACAAAUGAAAAUCUAGGUCAAGCUUCUCAGCCUAAACAAAGAAAAAAGCAAAGGCAGCAAAACAAGCGAUUUUCGGGUUGUUGUUGCUUUUUAAUUCAUCUUGACUAAGUUAUAUUCUCUAGUUUAGUGUUGACUUUAAAUUUUGCUCAACGUUUCUGGGCAAAGUGGCAUGGGUAAAAUAAACGGUAAUCUACACGAGCUGCUAAAUUGCUUCAAAGAGUUAUACUUGAAGUUUAGGCCUGACAAACUCUCACUUAUAGAUAGAACAGUGGUCUGUGAAAUGAAAGAACAUUUUUUUUUGCAAACGUUCUUUCCUCUUAGGUCUCCGUGCGAUGGUAAACACGUUACUACGAUCUCUCAAGCUUCUGAGUGAUGUGCUGGUUUUGUUUCUCUUCUUUCUUGUUGUCAUGGCUCUCAUCGGACUGCAGCUUUUUGUAGGAGAAUUAAGGAGCAAGUGUGUGCUUAACGUGCCCUCAAACCUGACUGUAGACUUAAUGGAAUACAUUCGGAAUGAAAGUAAGCACUUGGUCAUGUCAACAUUGAGUGGUUUUCAAUUAGGUGUCAUUACAUUACGCUGCCAUUCAUAACAAACACACACCAUCAAAUAAAACAUGCCCCGGACAACAAGCUUGGUUAAACGCAUGCAAUAGGCUUAUAGGCUUCCUUUCUUAUGAUUGGCUGAAAAAGUGGUGCAAAAUUUUUUAGCCAGUCAUUAAGCUUAGCAAGGCAACACCAAAACAGCGUCAAAAUUACUCUCAACAUUGAAAUAAAAAUGUUCAGUUUACGUGUGGAUAUCAAUUUUGGAUUAUCUUUCACCAAAUGGACAAAUAGACUUAGCGGCAAUGCAUAAUUAAGCUUAAGAAAACUAACUUCUCUUUUAAGGUGUUUGGUAUUUGCGUCACGGUGAGGCAGUGAUAUGCGGGAACUCAUCCUGGGCUGGGUGAGUUAAAAGUCUACUUAGAAGGAUAAGUCGGUGUGAUAUCUUAUCUCUAAUUAGGAUUAUUACGUAGUAAAUAUACUAGCAAUAACCAAAGGUUGCGGAGUGCGGGCGACAACGAUCGAAGGUCAAAACGCUUUUGCUCUAUCGCUGUGCUGUGCGUAAGUUUCACGUGAAAGAGAGUCAAAACACGCGUGAUCAGAUUACUAGUGACAGAAGGUCCAAACGCGCGGAAUCAAAUUGCGUUCUGUGCAUUCCAUUCAUUCUUAGUGGAAGUCCAAACGAAUGCUGGCUACAUACAUGAGACGCACGCGUAAUAACAACCUGAAGAUUAGGAUUGCGCGCUCCUCUUGUCGCCCGCAAUAUCAAGAUGCAGCCAAGCUAAGCAAAUCCUUCACUGCAUUAGUUGACUCGUUUCUCUCUCUGCAUAAAAUCUCGUCACAAAAGCUUACAAGAGAGAACAUCUUUGUACACCUCAAUGCAAUAAAUGUUAAUUAUUUCUUCAGGUCUUGUCCAGCUAAUUACACCUGUAUGGCCAACGCUGGACCCAACCCCGAUCAUGGCUUCACCAGCUUUGAUAACAUUGGAUGGGCUUUGCUGAUGGCCUUUCAAAUUCUUACAAUGGAUUACUGGGAAAACCUUUACAACAAGGUAAUCAAAAAGGCUCCAACCAGAUUUAUGUAUUUUUCUAUCACAUGAAAACAAUUUCGGCAAUAAGCAGGUCAUGGGUUGUUACGAAACAGUGUUCGUCGAAUUCUGUAAAUUGAUUAAACGGAAUGUAUGUCUGUCUUUCAUCACUGGCUUUAAAAAAUCUUUCAGUAUUAAGGACCAGUGUUACUUUUAGCGCCCUCACUUUGGUUAUUAAAACCAAGGUUAUGAUGUUAUAUAUUAUUUUCGCCAUCUCUUAUCCUUUAAUUCCAUCUCUUAUUCUAUAAUUCUUGGCCAGCUAUUUUACUGGCUUAGUGCUAAAACAAUCACUGACUCUCUUUAUCAAUCCGCUGAAGAGUAGGAUAUUUGCCUCCACUUCAGUUCUGGAAUAAAUGCUCGCUGUCUAAUUCAUUAACCACAGGUAGUCAAGGCGCUUGGUGUGUGGUAUGUAUUCUACUUUGUCAUUACCAUUUUCUUCUGCUCCUUCUACCUCCUCAAUCUUGUCCUAGCUGUGGUAUAUAUGUCCUACGAAAAAGAAAUGGAAUCAAUUGAACAGGAGGUUAGUCAACGACGGCCGAAGUCGUUUUAUUUGUUAUAAUAAGCAAGUACUAAACAGACCAUUCAAAGAGUAAAAAUGGUGAUUUUUUUUUAUUAAACAUAUUUUUAUCUGGCGAAGUUUUUAGAAACAGAAACACACCGAGAGGGCUCACUACGAAAUAUCAUUGAAUAAAUAAACUACAAUAAAUAGUAAUUGGUCAAAAGCAGCAGCAAAACAAACAAUGUAUUUAAGGAAUGCUAACAGAUGGAACGUACAUAUUUACGUAUUUUCAUGAAAUCUCCUUGAUUGAGAUAUAACAGACUAGACAUAGAUAUACGUAUAUCACUCUUUCACUGUUGAAUUUUGUCAAUGUGCUACGACAAAGCUCAUCAGUUACUUGUUCAGACCAGAUGUUUAGAUCAUUGGUCAGAAUUGUCUUUUUUCCAAGUACAGAGAAAUCGACGCCUUUACCUGACAACAAUUUUUAAAAGAAUUGUUGUUGAGCGUGAAUGUGUUUUUAUGUGUUUUGAGCAAACACAAAAAUGGAAAAAAAUGAAGCCUACCCGAGUCUUUUUUUUUCAUUUGGCCAACCACGAAGAUGGCUAGAAAGCUUUUCAACGAGUUGAGGAUUGUACAUGUUAGAGUAAUUUGAAGAUAUCGUAUUUCCUCGCGUUUUAAUCCUCCUCGGUAAUGACCGAUAUUCUUAUACUAAGAACUAUUACUAACCUUCUCUGCCUUUAUUUGCACUUUGCUUUCUUUUUCCAGGAGAGGCGAAAAGAGCUCAUGAAGAAAACCGCUGCCUCAUACACUGCAGACUCUGGCACCCUCAAGAACCUCAGACCUUUGAGGAAGCUCCGUAAGACGAAAGAAGCGAUGGUUGAAGUAACACAAACCGCAUGCAUUGUUACUGACGUUCCUGAUAUUGAAAAUGAACAUAAACGUAAUCAAAAAACGCUCGUUGAAAGAGUGUGUGACUGUUUUCGUUAUGUGAACACAAAAUGCGAGUCCUGUUUGGGCAGGAUACCUUUCGUAAAGUCUCUUCGGAAACGUAUGCGCACUGUGGCUGAAUGUGCAGCUUUUGACGCAGUUAUUAUAGGAGUUAUAAUGCUGAACACCAUAGUGCUAGCACUUUAUCAUCAUGGAAUUGAAAAGAAGUUCGAGAAAGUUCUGGAUUUAUGCAACAUGGUAUGAAGAAUACUACUAAGUACUGCGUUAGCUGACCCACUUUUGUUUUAUCCGUAAUAGGUCGGGGGCGGUUAUAGAAACUAGACGAUAAUUUAAAAUAAUACAAAUUACUAAUAUAGCAGCAGCACUGAUCCACAUAUGGGGGUUGGUAUUUGAGGAGAGGGGGAAAAAACUUAGGAGCUAGGAGCCAAGAAGAGAAUCAGCAACAAACCAACCCACGUAUAGCCGUUAUGGCACCGCCGACCUUGAGAUUCGAUCCUGGUCCACUCUGGCGAGAAACCGAUUCCCUCACCACUGUCUUGCUGUUGUUUCCAGCAUUUGAAUACGUAAACUAUUUUUACAUGAACCGGGUGGGAAUAUAUCACCUAAAACAAUUGUCUGAAAGGUUCGGUGCUGGAAAAAGGAAGGAACACUGAAUGCCAAUGGACAGCUCGUUGAAACGCGGAGUGGGACCGAUUGGGAGGUUAUGUAUUUAUAUGCAAAGAGAAAAGGUCGUAUCCCUGCAUAUUAAUGUCAACCCCGUGGCAUUUUAAUUUGUUGUCUAUGAAUAAGUUUUUGUUCAAGUGUUGUUUAACACGACGCUAUAACUCAGUAAAUAGUUUUUAAAAGAGUAAAUUUAAACACUAUUAGCCAUAGUCUUAAGCCAUGACUUCCUAAGCAAACUUGCUUAGUUAGCGUAGAAUGACGUCAGGAGUUUUACUAAAAAUUUCAAACCUGAGUGUCGCUGUUAUUUCUUGGUAAACCACUCCACUCUUUCGCCCAAUCAUCCUAAGCUCGUCUACUUCAGGACAGUUUAACUUCUUUGUAUUUUGCAGCGUUCGUGCCUCAUUUCCUCUUUGAAAGUCGUUGUCUUUAACAGCAACGAUACCUCGCCAAAAUGGUUCUUCUGUCAAAAUAUAUCACACGGUACUGGAAAUUGAAAUUUCAGCUUCUGACUCGUUCUCUUCGAAGGCAAAAAUUCUACGCUUCCCAAUAGUUUUCUGAAGGUUUAGUUGUAAUACCGCCGUAAAAACUACUUUUCGAAGUAAAACCUUGGACCUCACAGUCUCAAGACGUUACUGUUCCUAUCAUGACGACAAACAACUAAUUCGAAAUGCAAAUUCGAAAACAAACAUAAUUAAAAAGGUUGCAGUCAAUGGUAAUGCCACCAAUGUCACUAUGGAAUGUUGAUAAACAAAAGAGGGUGAAAAUUAGACGCAUUUCUCCUCAAUUUACUCUUGGAUCCCUUGAGGAAUCCUCUCCGAUGUAAUUAUAACCCGUUUAUAGGUCCGUCAGCCUCGGUAUGUGACAUCAAGCAUAGACUUAAUCUGGAAAGAGCUAUGAUCUAAACUAGCUUUCUUUUAAUGGUCACAUGGCCAAUUCCUCCAUUAAAAGUAAACUUAUUUCAUUGUAGUACCUUUCCUCCACGCAGGAACAUAUUUCUUUAAAAUCUAACCAUUUUAUCUACCCUACAUUGUGAAACCCUUUUAUAGUGUAGUUCAGUCAUGAAAAUAGAAAGCGAAUAAAAGCUAGUGGCUCGCCUUCACCCUGGUGCUCAUUACAUUUUCCUUGCACUGCAUGCUCGACAAGGGACGAAGGUUUUAGACAGUAUGACAUAACCCAGCACUUUUUGCCAGUUUAAAAAGUUACUUAGGUGUAUACGUAACAGUGGUAUAGCAGAGUGAUUUUGCUUUAUCUGUCAUUAUAGCCUAGCAACUGUAAUCUUUAUAAUAAAAAUGAGUCGACUUAAAUUAAAAGAGACAACAAAUUAAAAAAUAAGAUUAUUAAUUUUAAGUCUUUAUCAAUUCAUGCUGUUUUAACACGAGAAUCCUCUUUUUAAACAACAUGGCAUUCCCGGCUGAGUAGUGUUGCAGCUGGUUCACAUGGUGCCAAAAGUUGUCUUUUGUCUGAUAUCACCCGUAGGUGUUCACGAUAAUAUUUGUGGCCGAGAUGAUAUGGAAAGUUAUUGCCUUUGGACCAGUUGGUUACGUAAAGAGCAGGUGGAAUAUACUGGACGCCUUUAUCGUGAUCGCAAGUGUUGCUGGGUAUUUAACAGAGUCGGGUGGAAGCUUCAGUAUCUUCCGUAGCUUGAGGCUGGUAUGUCUUGCUUUGUAACAGUUUAAACGCGUUCAAAUGCGCUGUGAAAUGACUAAGAUUACAGGGGGGAGAGUGCCCUGGUCAAACAUCGAACUUCUCAUGUGAGGAAAUAUUCUCGUAUCUAGAUCUGAGUACGAGGUUAGUGACGAGCCUGAUCGCCGCGGUCAGCUAGCUAUUAGCCAUUUAUUCUCCUGUUCCAGAAGUCUUUGCGAAAGCUUACUAGGCCCAAUUCCCUUCUUAUUUCUAAAGCGGCAAUUUAGGCAACACCAAGAAACGCUCUUAUUUUUCUCCCCUUUUUUUCUUUUUAGUUUCGAGUUCUUAACCUCGCACAGUCCUGGAAGACAAUGGCCAAACUAGUGACGGCCAUAACGAAAAGCGUAGGACCUGUUGGAAACAUCACUCUUAUUCUUGGAGUCAUUAUAUACAUAUUUGCUGUGGUGGGAAUAAAGGUUUUUGGUGACGCUUACACAACAGACAAGUUUGGAACUGAUGGAGUACCACGCUGGAACUUCAAUAACUUUUGGCACGCGUUUAUGAUGAUGUUCAGAGUGCUGUGUGGGGAAUGGAUCGAGCCACUCUGGGAUUGCAUGAGAGCCACUAAUCCUAUGGCUAUUUUGUUCUUUUUGCCCGCUUUUGUUAUAGGAAAUUUUAUCGUAAGUAUUACAGAGUCAUUAAAGGUGUUAUUCUCAAGAACGUUUAUUUAUAAGACGCUUGGCUGUUUUCAAGUAAACAGGGUUUAAACAGGCUUUGUUUCUAGUUACAAGGACCAAAAUUCAGCACACCCAAAACACUACCAAGCUCCGCGGUAUGGGCAGUACAUUACGCAUGCGCACAGUCAUAUCACCAGGGCAGGCGCACUCAUGGACUACUGAUUGCCCCUUGUUAGGAAUCGUUACCAUGAUUCGCCUCAUCUGUAGCCUGGUCCGAGGCGAAUGGAUCUAACUUGCAAUCACAGACCCCAAAGUUUGCUGUGAUCUUAUCAAGAGCAGCAAAAUACAAAAGAGAGCAAGAGAUGACCGCUGCUUUGACUAGGAAAUUUGUAUGAGAGCUACAUUGGACCAAAUAGUCUUUAAAAUAGGGGCACAAGCUUUCACUUCUCCAUCUAAACUAAUAAUCCCCGAAAGAGUCAAGUUAGUCCGACACCAAUUAUAUCAUAAAAUACUCUGAAAUCAUUGAAUAGAGCAGCAAAUCGUCUGGAGGGAAUAGUUAGUGUCCGUUGUCGUUUUAUCUACCGGAAUACUAUCCGGAUGACCACCUACCGAGGGAAUUAAAAAUCCUGGAGACGCUCACAUUGAUGUUUCUUAAUUCAGGUACUUAAUCUUUUCAUCGCCCUUCUGCUGAGCGCUUUUGACACCGAAGACGAUGACAAUAACUUAGACGAAGAUGAAGGGAACAAUUCGAGACUGAAGAAGCUUAUAAAGAGAUUCACCAAGACCAAAAAGACACGCUUAUUUGUGGCUACGUUUAAAGAACGAUACAAACUGUAUGAAGUGCAGCUGCUUGAGAGUAACCUGGCAGCCCAUGGGACCCCUCUGAGAAAACCUUACCGUGGGGGUUCAGUCAGAACAUCCGGGAGCUUUCAGGAGGGUGUGUAUGAUUAUAAAAUAUAAAUGUCUUAAUAGAACGUUUUCACAUGACGUCACGUCUGCCAUAUUGGUGUUCCAAACCAAUGAAAAGGUGGCUAUGUUGGUGUUUUAAACCAGUCCCGUGGUUCUUUUGUUCCAAUAAAUUUUCAUACCUGCUGGCCAAGCGAGUAAAAGGCUCUAUUUUUCAUUUGUACACUUAAGAAACAGUCGACCUUGGGCGACGAGAUGUAAUUCUUCCAAUGAUAAAAAUAUAUUUUUACUAAGAAUAAACAAUACGAAACAAUGGUCAAUUUCAACUUCGUUCAGACGAGAAAGCGUCAUGUAGAAAAUUGCUACAUAAUAUCUAAAGUAUGCUAGCCGAAUUUCUUACCCCAGUUUAUUACGCACUCCUCUUAGGUCGAGGCGAAAUAGUAUCCACUGUUAGCCAGUCUCCUAAAGGAAUUCCUCCUAAGUACAUCGUUGAAGUAGACGACUGUUUGCCCGAGUGUUGUAUGUUGCCUGUGUUCUCAAGGCAGCACUUUAAAUGGCUAAAGUUCAGGUGUAGCAUUAGAUGUCUUGUGGAACACAAGUACUUGGAGUGGUUCAUUCUCUUCACAGUCAUGUUCAGUAGCUUCGUUCUGGUAAGAACAAAAAGUGAAUCUUAUUUUGUAUUUCUUGCCUAGAAAGAAGAACCUGUUUAUGGGAAUGGCCGCAAAAGAACUGAUCAUGAGUUUCCUUAGGGUGUUAAAAUUGACAGGAACUGAUACAUUUUUUAAGAAAAGCAAUGAUUCAAAUCAUUAUUAUUUUUUAAUUUUUAAUCCAGUCUUGUUUUCUCAAGGGGAUUUACCAUAUUUCCAUGAAAAGUUCAUAAGAAUUUAAUUUGAUGUAAGGUCAGUGGACUUCGCAAACUUUUUUUUUUGUUAAGAAUUGUAACAGUUGAGCGUUCUUUUCAUAGUCAUUCACUAAAGAAAACGAAACGAAUUUGUGCUGUCUUACCUUAACGAAGAUAUCUUUUUAAAGGAAUGGCAUGAAAUAUGUCCUGUUCUAAAAGCUAAGAAGUAUUGUUGGGCGGAAGGACUACCAAAGCCUUUAGUGAGGCUUAUUAAAGUCAGUCUGAGAUUGAUCCUUAGUCCGGAGUUCUUUCUAUAUUCAUUUUUUCAGUGUUAUCUCUCUGAGUUGAAUAAUAAGCGUCCUUUGUUUGUUUUCCUAGGUGUUUGAAGACAUCCACCUGCCCGAAAGACCACUGCUUGAAAAAGCUCUAGGGAUUCUCAAUUAUUUCUUCGCCGCCGUUUUCUCGCUGGAAUUUCUUCUUAAGGUCAUCGGCCUUGGCGUUGUUAAGUACUUCUCUUCAGUAUGGAAUUGUUUGGACGCUUUCAUUGUAGCGGUAAGCAACUGAAUAACUGGUGAAAUAUGCUUGUCAUAUCACUGAUCUGUUACAAGGAAACAGCUCUCGCGUAGCAAAUCAUUAUGUGCUUUUAGACCGUUACGCGAAUACAUAAAAUAGCUUCUCUGUACAGGUAACUGGAUCCUAUCUAUUUCAUUAUUUCCUCAGAUCUCGCUUGCUUGCUUGUCAGAUAACAAACAAUUGUCAGUAUUUCGAUCUCUUCGGACGUUACGAGCCCUGCGACCUCUCCGUGCCAUAUCCCGGAUGGAGGGAAUGAAGGUACGGAAAAUUAUCAGUAAUGCAUUUCUUUUGACUCGGUCCGUUGAUUUGCUUGGAAGAAGCCCAUUACGUCGUAGCAAGUUCAGCAAUCGCAGGUGAUAUAGCAGAAGAGUAUUCAACUGUUUGAAUAAAAAAUUAUAAAAACGAGGACCAAAGCUAAGAAGCUCAUCUAAACGAUCAGCUCCCAUAUUGCAAUUCGCGGACAUUUGUGCACACAGUGAAUUCCGCCCAGGAAAAAGAUUUCUAAAAAUAGACUGAAAGUUUUAUACAAUGUGACAUUUAUUGAUAGUAGAUGGAGACUCCGAUGUGAUGGGCUCCAGACUAAAUAAAACACUGUAAUGAUAACCCUAAACGUAGGUGAAAAAUGUUUCUCAGGUCAAUUUUUAAACUCAUUCACAUCAUUUUUCCACACUCAGGUUGUCAUCAACGCGUUGUUCGCGGCCAUUCCAGGCAUCGGGAAUGUCCUUGUUGUAUCUCUACUGUUCUGGUUGAUAUUUAGUAUUCUCGGUGUUCAACUGUUCUCUGGAAAAUUUCAAUCAUGCGUCGAUAACGAUGGGAAAAGGUUACCAGCCAGCCUUGUUCCAAACAAAACAGAAUGUCUUCGCUUUCCUGAGAAAUACACUUGGAGGAAUUCAGAUGUGAAUUUUGAUAAUGUUCUCAACGGCUUCCUCACGCUUUUCCAAGUGGUAAGUUACAUGAUCCAUGCUGAUCCAUUCUUUUAUAGGCUUGUGUCGGAAGAAAAGAUUCUGAGCUUCUUUUUAACAUAAAUAUCUUCCUUUGCUACGUGGGUAUCAAUGCCUGAAAACUGCAACACCUAGAGUGACUUUGUUGCUCACUCCGACGACGUGAGCUCAGGAAUCCAUAACGGUUCAGCACCAGGUCUUGCCUAGUCAAUUAUACCACUAAGGACAACUAAAAAUUGCAGGGGUUAUUGACUGAACUUUCGCCAAGCCGCGAACACCAAUUAUUAUUAUUAUUAUUAUUAUUAUUAUUAUUAUUAUUAUUAUUAUUAUUAUUAUUAUUAUUAUUAUUAUCAUCAUCAUUACUAUUUUGCUGACGCUCAUUGAUUAAGACAACAUUACAUGUAUCAAGCACUGUGUAGAGUGAACUUUCAGGACUCAAACGAAAAAAGAACCAGUAAAUUGAUGUUCCUUAGCAUUUCAAUACUAAAUUAACUUAACAGCGCGAUUGGUCUUGGUUUUAGGCAACGUUUGAAGGGUGGAUUGAUAUCAUGCACAUGGCAGUUGAUUCAACUAAGGUAAACUCGUACACUUGUAUUAGAAGAGAGUUAUGUUUCUGAGUAAGUCUCACAGACAUUGCCUGAACUGACACUAAGCGUCUGCCGCGUAAGAGAGAGUAAAAAAGAAAUGAAUGGAAAGCAAAAGGAAAUAUCUCAGCCGUAGUGAACAGGAACCAACUCAGCCUGCCAGCAAGCUCUCCUAUUUGGGCAAGCGAAGCGAGCCUCGCGAGAACGCGCGAGCGAGGGGCCUUUUAUUCUGCCCCUCGCGGCUUCGCCGCUCGCUCGCGCGUUCUCGCGAGACUCGUUUCACUCGCCCAAAUAGGGGGUGUUUCUUGGUGUUGCGGAAACUAUUGUUUGUUAGCUUUUGUGUUGUGGUGUGGGUAUUGUUCAGUGUCUUUUCAAUCUUUUGUAUUACGUCAUUGGUGUCCGCAACACCAAGAAACCACCCAAAUAGGAGAGCUUGCUCGCAGGCGAGAACCAACUCCACGAAUAUUUUGUAAAGAGGUGUCCAUCUUAAAUAUAGCCUGAUACCACCACUUGUUCAAUUUCCCAGGGAAAUGACGUCUGGGUAGUGAAGCAAAUUUUCCCCUCGGCACGGACAAUCAGUAGCACUACCCAGUCACACAUCAUCAGUAUACUUCGUUAAGGGUUGUUUACGAAGAGAAUGGAGAUAGUUUGAAUUGCUUGGAAGAAUAGAAUUAUGCAUAGUAUGAAUACAUAUCUUUUCUUUGUAUCACUGAAACUUGAGCAAAGCAUUCUUUCUCUGUAUUUAUUUUAUCAGGUUGACCAGCAACCCGUCGACGACAACAACAUGAUCGCGUACAUUUACUUUGUAGCUUUCAUCAUCCUCGGCUCUUUCUUUGUUCUCAACCUGUUCGUUGGUGUUGUCAUUGAUAACUUUAACUCUCUAAAGAAAAAGGUAAAAAUUCAUACAGCUUGUUUGGGGAAGUUAUAAAGUCGAAAGGAUGUUUAAAGUUUCCAUGUUUUCUAAUUUUUUUUUUAACCUUAAAACGGGUUGCAGUUUAGAGAUCAUAUCUCCCGAAAGGGUUUCAGUUAGAUUUCCGGAUCAGGUUGGGCAAAAAUGGGAAGAAAGGAAGGGGGAGGGAAAUUGUGUAAAUUACAUAGCGGUUCUGACGAUGAAAAUUGGCGAGCGAGAUCGAGAUAAAUCCAUCAUGGCUGGUAAAAGGUUGUGAUUGGCCAUUGUAAUUAUUUUUAUUUUGAUAAUGAUUUACUCAAUCAAAAAAGAAAACGUUUAUUGCUAAAUAUUUCAGUAUGAAGAAAUAAGCAGUAUGGGUAUGCUUCUGACGGAAUCACAAAGAAAGUGGGUCAACUUUUUAAAGGAAGCAGCUAAGAAGAAACCAGUAUCAAAAGGAAUAAGACCAAAGGUAGGGUAUUAAUGAAGUUAUGGCGUUUAAGCAAAGGUGUUUUUGAGCGACCUACGUCUAACGGAAGUGAAUACUUUUCCCUUAUAGUAUGCCUUGACGAUACCAAAUUUGUAUUGUUUAUUGUCUUUACUAAUAUAAUAGAGUCAAAACCACUUUCCACGAUCUUCCGGUUGACGUGUGUCACUUAAAAACGUCCUUAAAAAAAAAUUAGUUCUGAUGGGUACCGUCCAAAACAGUCAGUGACUACAAAACAAGCUGCAACCUCGAUGGGAGUGAAUGAGAACGAGCCAAGUAUGGUCGUACCUUGCACCGGAAAAUGAAGACUCUAAGAAGAUAGGCCAACCUGGUCGGGUGCAGAAUAAUUUGGAGUUUUUCAUUUCCUCAGUUGCCGAGAAAAUGAAUCGUUUCCUUUUUUUUCAUUUUUACUAACUGGACCGAUUCCGCUUGUGCUUUGAGCUUAUGGAACUAACAGCAAUGGUUAACAGGAUAAUGGAUACCUCAUUUUUUUUGAAUUCGUCAUUCAGGAGAUAAGUUAUCAUGUGCAACAUGGUAAUGAUGACCAUACAACACUAUGGACAGUCUACUCAGGUCUCCGACGCUCUUCAUAUCCUUUCUCACCAACGACAUAAUGUUUUAUUCAUGAACUGCGUAUAGAUAGUUUUCAAAAGGUAACUGUGGUUCACCAUUAAAGCCAAAAUGAUCCGGAUCGUUAUGAAUCCAAAACUAACCUUCCCUGGUGUAAACGCAUUGAAGAACACUGAGAAAUCAAACCUGUCAUUUUGCGCUACAAACGGCGUUACAACGUGAUUGGAUAAACCAAAGCUUUACCAAACAAACAACAGAUGAUCAUCGACAAAAAAAUGGAAUUUUUAACGUUUUUGAUUAACUAAGAGGACAAGUGUUAAAACUUAAAUAUUUUUAGCUCCACAAGGUCUCAAUUUAUCGUUAGUAACGUUUUCGUUUAUUUCUAACGAAUGUUAAAUGAUUAGAUUCCUUAACUUAAGCCUCGUAUGGUUAACACGAAUCUCAAACUGGGUGUUCACUGGGAUAUUUACUGCUGAAGCCAUAGUUAAACUGAUUGCCUUACGACAGCAUUACUUCAAAAAGGCGUGGAAUGUAUUUGACUUUAUCAUAGUUGUGUCAUCUUUGAUUGGUACGUAAUGCUAAUUAAUAUUAUUCAUUUCUUCCACGAGAAAAUACACGAAGCUAUUUUUAAGUGUUUUAAGCUAUUAUGGGAAGAUUGACUCCCAAGCCCUAUUGUUUUCACAGGAGUAGUUCUUGACGAGAUCAGUUCAAAGGAUACAGUGGUCAAUCCCAGUCUCCUGAGAGUUAUGCGGAUCUUUAGAAUUGCCAGGUUACUAAGAGUCCUCGAAUUUGCCAAAGGAAUUCGCCAGUUACUUGUGGCAUUGAUGAUCUCUCUACCAGCAUUGUUCAACAUUGGCACCCUGUUGUUUCUGGUCAUUUUCAUCUACGCUAUCAUUGGCAUGUCAGCAUUCGGUCGAGUAAAGAAAGAAGGAAACAACUUGGAUGACAUCGUCAAUUUUGAAACCUUCGGCAAUUCAAUGAUGCUGCUGUUUCGUCUGUCUACGGGCUCGGGCUGGAAUGACGUCGUGAGCUCAUUGUCUAUUCAACCGCCGAAUUGUGACCCAGGUUACCAUGGAUACCCGAAAGGUAACUGUGGCUCGCCAUUUGGAGCGGCCGCUUAUCUAAUCAGCUACAUUGUCAUCGUGUUCAUGAUAAUUGUCAAUAUGUACAUCGCUGUUAUUUUAGAAAACGUGAAUCGCGCUCAUGAGAAUGACGAUUUUGCCAUCACUAAGGAAGACUUUGACGGUUACUACCGUAAAUGGGCAGCAUUUGUGCCGAAUGGGAAACAAUUCAUCCCUCUUGAUCAACUGUCUGAUUUUGUUGAUGGACUGGAAAAACCUUUCAGGGUGUCCAAACCCAACGAAGCUCGCUUGAGGCAGUUGGACAUCACGAUACGUGCUGGGGAACUUAUUCACUGUUUUGAUCUUCUCAAGGCGCUGGUGCGAUCCACUUUAGAAGAGCAUGGAGAAUCCCCGGAUGUGUUUGAAGAGAUUACAGUGAGAAUGGAGGCAGAAUUUACCAAGUCUAUUGGACGAAAGCAUUCCAUUGCUAUACUUGGCUCUACACAGACGAAAUUCAAAUGCGAUGAGCCAAACGAAGUGGCAUUGUAG